AUGAGAGUCACCACAGCAAUGAAGUGCUUCCUGGCCGUCACAGUCUCCGCCCUCGUGGUCUGCGGAGCCUUCGCGAGGGAGGAAAAAGUCGAAGGGCGCACAAGACUUCUGGGAAGUGGUCUCGGAGUCGGCGGCUACGGCCCUAUUGUUAGACCCGGCCUCGUCGGCGCUGGUCCCGGAGCUUACGGUGCAGCAGGGCUCGGUGGUUAUGGCGGAGCUGGUCUCGUCCGGCCGGUAGUGGGUGGCGCCGGCCUCGUUCGCACCGGUGGUCUCGGAUACGGCCACCAUGGUUACGGUGGACUCGGCUACGGUGGCGGCCUCGGCUACGGUGGCGGCUACCAGUCCGGCUACGGCUCUUUGGCCGGCGGUCACCAGGGAGGAUACCGCGGGGGCGCUGCGGGCUACAACCACGGAUCCGCGGGUUUCGCUGGUCGUGCUGCCAACAGGCACGUCAAUGCCUACAACAACCACCGUGGCUACAGCCACACCUCGGGAUUCUCGGCCUCUAGCGCCAAUGCAUUCGGCUCCGGACACAGGCACGGCUCGGCUGGAUUCGGAAGCGGAACUGCUGGUCACCGGGGAGGUUACGGACAAUCGUCGUUCGGGCACAAUGCUGGUUCCGGUUUCGGCGGAGGAUACCUCGGCUAA